AUGAAAUACAUCAGAGUCGUCUAUUCCAAACUCAUUGCACCAUUCCUGCACCCAACAAAAAUACGCUCAAAAUCAUGUAGCGACAUACGCCGACUCUCAAAAACACCGACGGUCGCAUCAUCCAUUUCCUCGUUCAAUUACACCACGAUAUCGUACUCGCCAUUCAUCUCGCUUCGGAUCCACGUCUACUCUUAUCCGCGCACUCUGACGUUAUCCAUAUCACGGCACUGUCGAUACUCGGAUUUCAAGCAAUUACUGAGCGAACUGGUGGCCGGGCGCAAGGACCAAUUGCUCGUGGCGUACAGAAAAAAAAAGGGUCGCGAAGUCGGAGUCGACAAGGAUUUCGCAGUGUUGAAGGAAAUAUUGAACAACGAGGUUAUCCUGAUAACCGAAGAUGGCGUGUGGAGAGAGUUGAUGGUGAGAGAGUUGAGAGAGUGUGACGAGGCGGAAGUCACUGUAUUGUUUGUUAAUGGACCGAAUGUAUGA